CCUCCUCCUCCUCCUCCGCCGCCGCCGCCGCCACCUCCUCCUCUUGCAUCUCACUGGCCUGGCUCUGUGUUGCUCUGAGCGACAAAGACAAUGUCCCAGCCUUAACUUUGCAACCACCUUGCCUCCUUCUGGGGUUCAGCGCGGGGAGGGGGGAGGGGGGAGGGGGGACGGCAGCCGCAGCCUCAGCAUCUCCUCCAGCGCGUCUCCUUCUGCUCUUCUUCUCCAGCUCUUGGAUCCUUCUUCCCUUUCUUUCCCCCAGCCCCUUCCUCGUUCCUUUCUUUCUCUCCUUUUUCUUCCCGUCUCCCGCGCGCUGUCGUUGUUAUUAGAAAGGCUUCGCGCACCCCCUGGUGCUCCGGCGUUUUGUGUGGCAGGAGAAGAUCGUCUCCCUUCCCUCGGUCUCGCUUUCUCUCUCCCUCUGGUUGCUCAUUAUUCAGAGAGAGACACAGAGGGAGGGAGAGAGCGAGCGCGCGAGGGAGAGGGAGGAGAGGGGAGAGAAGAGGGGAGAGGGAGAGGGAGAGGGAGAGGGAGGGAGGGAGAGAGGGGAGCGAGAGCGAGAGCGAGAGGGAGACGGAGAGGGAGAGACGGAUAUCUCAGGUCAUCUGCAGCUGCAGCGAGUCUGAGGAGCCGAGGAAGGCAGGGAAGAUGGCGAUCCUCCAUUGCUGAGACCCGGCACAAGCACAUGAGACUUCCAAACAACUUCCACAACAAUAACCCGAGCAGGAAGAGGAGAAAGAGAAAGAGGCUGAGGAGGCGGUGGGGCUGGAGAACCCGAAACACCUCCCGGCGCCGGGACGCUUCUUCUGUUCCUAAUGUGAGAAGGUAGGCCCGGAUCAUGGAGGUGCUUCAGUGUGAUGGCUGUGACUUCAGGGCCCCAUCUUACGAAGAUCUCAAGGCGCACAUUCAGGAUGUCCACACGGCAUUUCUGCAGCCAACUGAUGUUGCUGAAGACAAUGCUAACGAGCCACGAUCCGGGUCCAUGAAUGCCAGUAAUCAGACAGAGGUGGAGUAUUCUUCUAUAAAGGACGAAUUUGCAAUUGCAGAGGAUCUAUCAGGUCAAAAUGCAACUGCGUUGGGGACCGGAAGCUACUACGGCCACAGUCCUGGAUAUUACGGUCAGCAUAUUGCCCCUAAUCCCAAACCAACCAACAAGUUUUUUCAAUGCAAGUUCUGCGUACGCUACUUCAGGUCAAAAAACCUCCUCAUUGAACACACAAGGAAGGUCCACGGAGCUCAAGCUGAAGGGAGUUCAGUGGGACCCCCUGUUCCCGGAUCCUUAAAUUAUAAUAUCAUGAUGCACGAGGGGUUUGGAAAGGUCUUCUCUUGCCAGUUUUGCACGUACAAGUCACCGAGGAGGGCAAGAAUAAUUAAGCAUCAGAAGAUGUAUCACAAGAACAAUUUGAAGGAGACCACUGCUGCCCUGCCUGCCCCCGCUCCAAUGCCAGACCCCGUGGUCCCACCCGUGUCCCUGCAGGACCCCUGUAAGGAACUGCCCGCAGAGGUCGUGGAGCGCAGCAUCUUAGAGUCCAUGGUCAAGCCUUUGACCAAGUCUCGAGGCAACUUUUGCUGUGAGUGGUGCAGCUACCAGACCCCCCGCCGAGAACGCUGGUGUGACCACAUGAUGAAGAAGCAUCGCAGCAUGGUCAAGAUCCUUUCCAGCCUCCGACAGCAGCAAGAAGGGACGAACCUCCCUGAUGUGCAGAACAAAAGCGCCCCCAGCCCCACUUCCAAUUCCACCUAUCUGUCCAUGAAUGCUGCAAGCCGGGAGAUGCCCAGCGCUAACGUCUCCAACUUUCGGGGCUCCAUCAGCAACUCCAUCAUGAGACCCAAUUCUUCGUCCGCUUCCAAGUUUUCACCCGUGUCUUACCCUCCGAUGAAGCCGAAGUCCCCUCACAACUCUGGCCUAGUUAACUUGGCAGAGCGAUCGCGUUAUGGAAUAGCUGACAUGACCAAUUCCUCUGCUGACCUGGAAACUAACAGCAUGCUGAACGACUCCAGUUCUGAUGAAGAGCUGAACGAGAUAGACAGCGAGAAUGGCUUGAAUGUGAUGGAUCACCAGACAUCGGGCAUGUCUGCAGAGCAGCUGAUGGGCUCAGAUGGCAACAAGCUGUUGGAGACCAAGGGGAUUCCGUUUAGAAGGUUCAUGAAUAGGUUCCAGUGCCCCUUUUGUCCCUUCCUCACUAUGCAUCGACGUAGCAUCUCCCGUCACAUAGAAAACAUCCACCUGUCCGGAAAGACCGCUGUCUACAAAUGUGACGAAUGUCCGUUUACUUGCAAGAGCUCGUUAAAACUCGGGGCUCACAAGCAGUGUCACACGGGUACGACGUCAGAUUGGGAUGCUGUGAACUCCCAGAGCGAAAGCAUUUCUUCACUGAAUGAAGGCGUUGUGUCUUACGAGAGCCCAAGCAUCAAUGGCAGAAAGUCAGGAGUCCUGUUGGAUCCCUUGCAGCAGCAACAGCCGCCGCCGCCGCCCCCACCGCCACCGCCGCCUCCGUCUCAGCCACAGCCACCACAGCUCCAGCCACCACACCAGGUGCCACCCCAGCCGCAGCCCCAGCCCCCACCGACGCAGCAGCCCCAGCCCCCUGUGCAAGCCCCGCCCCUGCACCCUUACAAAUGCACCAUGUGUAAUUACUCCACCACGACUCUGAAAGGGCUACGGGUCCAUCAGCAGCACAAACACUCGUUCUGCGACAACUUGCCAAAAUUCGAGGGGCAGCCCUCAAGCCUGCCGUUGGAGAGUGAGACAGACAGCCACCCCUCUUCCAGCAACACUGUGAAGAAAAGUCAGACCUCAAUUCUUGGGUUGUCCUCCAAGAACAAUUUUGUAGCUAAGGCCUCUAGGAAGCUCGCUAAUGACUUUCCCCUCGAUUUAUCGCCCGUGAAGAAGAGAACGAGGAUCGACGAGAUAGCCAGCAACCUGCAAAGCAAAAUCAACCAGACAAAACAGCAGGAGGACGCGGUGAUCAACGUGGAGGACGACGAGGAGGAAGAGGAAGACAAUGAAGUGGAGAUAGAGGUUGAGUUGGACAGGGAGGAAGAGCCAACAGAGCCAGUCAUGGAGGUGUCCGCUUCCUUUUCGGCCCAGCAGAUUUGGGCGAGAGACGCCGGCGAGCCCCCGAAGGAGCCCAACUUCAGAAGCGUCGCCCACGAUUACAACGCCACCAACGGGGCUGAGAUUGAGCUCACCCUUUCUGAAGACGAAGAGGAUUAUUACGGCUCCUCGACAAACAUGAAAGAUCACCAAGUUUCCAACGCUGCUCUGCUGAACACCCAGACUCCCAUCUAUGGAACCGAGCACAGUAACGAGAACACGGACUUUGGUGACUCUGGAAGGCUUUACUAUUGCAAACACUGUGACUUUAACAACAAAUCUGCUCGGAGCGUCAGCACCCACUACCAACGAAUGCACCCGUACAUUAAGUUCAGCUUUAGGUACAUCUUGGAUCCCAAUGAUCACAGUGCGGUGUACAGGUGCCUGGAAUGCUACAUUGAUUACACCAACUUUGAAGACCUGCAGCAGCAUUACGGCGAACACCACCCAGAAGCCAUGAAUGUACUCAACUUUGACCAUUCGGACCUGAUCUACCGGUGUCGGUUUUGUUCCUACACGAGCCCGAAUGUCAGAAGCCUGAUGCCACAUUACCAAAGAAUGCAUCCCACGGUUAAGAUUAACAACGCGAUGAUAUUUUCCAGCUAUGUCGUGGAGCAGCAGGAAGGGCUGAAUACGGAAUCCCAGACGCUGAGGGAGAUUCUGAAUUCGGCCCCCAAGAGCCUGGCGACUUCCACUCCCGUGGCUCGCGGUGGCGGUCUGCCAGCUACGUUUAAUAAAAACACUCCUUCAAAGACCUUUACUCCAGAAUGUGAAAAUCAGAAGGACCCCUCAGUUAACACUGUUGUCGUUUACGAUUGCGACGUUUGCUCGUUCGCAAGCCCCAACAUGCAUUCUGUCUUGGUUCAUUAUCAGAAGAAACACCCGGAAGAAAAGGCUUCCUACUUUAGGAUCCAGAAAACCAUGCGAAUGGUGUCUGUGGACAGGGGCUCUGCCCUUUCUCAAUUAUCAUUUGAGGUGGGUGCUCCAAUGUCUCCCAAAAUGUCCAACAUGGGUUCCCCACCCCCCCCACCACCCCCGCCACCAGACCUCAGUACUGAGCUUUACUACUGCAAACACUGUUCCUACAGUAAUCGGUCAGUUGUGGGAGUGCUUGUCCACUACCAGAAAAGACACCCAGAGAUAAAGGUCACUGCCAAAUAUAUCAGGCAGGCUCCUCCCACAGCUGCAAUGAUGAGGGGGUCCGAGGGGCCCCAAGGCUCCCCUCGGCCACCUGCCCCCAUGCAGCAGCUGACCCGAAGCAGCUCUGAGAGAGACGGCCCUCCCGCCGAGAAUGAGAUGUUCUUUUGCCAGCACUGUGAUUACGGGAACCGGACGGUCAAAGGUGUCCUCAUUCACUAUCAGAAGAAGCACCGAGACUUCAAGGCCAAUGCAGAUGUGAUUCGGCAGCACACGGCCACCAUCCGAAGCCUCUGUGACCGCAACCAGAAGAAGCCUGCCGGUUGUGUGCUUGUCGCCCCCUCGAACAUGGAGAGGGAUAAAGCUAAGCUGCGAGCGCUCAAGUGUAGGCAGUGCUCGUAUACCUCCCCCUACUUCUAUGCACUGAGGAAGCAUAUCAAGAAAGACCACCCUGCCCUGAAGGCCACAGUCACGUCCAUCAUGCGGUGGGCAUUUCUAGAUGGCUUGAUAGAAGCUGGCUACCACUGUGAGUGGUGCAUCUAUUCCCACACAGAGCCCAACGGUUUGCUCCUGCAUUACCAAAGGAGGCAUCCAGAGCAUUAUGUUGACUAUACUUACAUGGCUACCAAACUCUGGGCUGGGCCAGACCCGUCCCCCCCCUCUCUCGCAAUGCCCGUGGAAGCCAAAACGUACAGGUGCAGAGACUGUGUUUUUGAAGCCAUGUCCAUCUGGGACAUCACCAAUCACUACCAGGCGUUCCAUCCCUGGGCCAUGAAUGGUGAUGAGUCGGUGCUGCUGGAUAUCAUCAAGGAGAAAGAUGCCAUUGAGAACCCCCUCCCCUCCUCCGAAGAGCUGGUGGGUCCUGUGAAUUGUGAAAACAGCAUGCCCGCUCCACUGCCCGAGCAGGACGCCGAAUGCCCAGAGGAUGCGAGGCUGUCCCCAGAGAAAAGCAUCCAGCUGGCUUCUGCCAACCCGGCCAUAUCCUCCACCCCGUACCAGUGCACGGUGUGCCAGUCCGAGUAUAACAACCUGCACGGCCUUCUCACCCAUUAUGGGAAGAAGCACCCCGGCAUGAAGGUGAAGGCUGCCGACUUUGCCCAGGACAUCGACAUUAACCCCGGCGCCGUUUACAAAUGCAGGCAUUGCCCGUACAUCAACACCCGCAUCCACGGCGUCCUGACCCACUACCAGAAGCGACACCCGUCCAUCAAGGUGACCGCCGAGGACUUUGUGCACGACGUGGAGCAGUCGGCCGACAUAGCCCAGAACGACGUGGAGGAGACGAGCAGGAUCUUCAAGCAAGGCUACGGCGCCUACCGUUGCAAACUGUGUCCGUACACGCACGGCACGCUGGAGAAGCUCAAAAUCCACUACGAGAAGUACCACAAUCAGCCUGAAUUCGAUGUCUUUUCCCAGUCGCCCCCGAAGCUGCCGGUCUCCCUCGAGCCCGAGAUAACCACUGAAGUGAGCCCCUCCCAGGUCUCCGUCACCGAGGAGGACGUGGGAGAGGAGCCCGUGUCCACGUCUCACUUCUCUACCUCGCACCUGGUCUCCCACACUGUGUUCCGGUGCCAGCUCUGCAAGUACUUCUGCUCCACGAGGAAGGGGAUCGCCAGGCACUACCGCAUCAAGCACAACAACGUCCGCGCCCAGCCGGAGGGCAAGAACAACCUCUUCAAGUGCGCCCUGUGCGCCUACACCAACCCCAUCCGCAAAGGGCUGGCGGCCCACUACCAGAAGCGCCACGACAUCGACGCCUACUACACCCACUGCCUGGCAGCCUCCCGGACCAUCAGCGACAAGCCCAACAAGGUGAUCAUCCCGUCCCCGCCCAAGGACGACUCCCCACAGCUCAGCGAGGAGCUCCGGCGGGCCGUGGAGAAGAAAAAGUGCUCGCUCUGCUCCUUCCAGUCCUUCAGCAAGAAGGGCAUCGUGUCCCAUUACAUGAAGCGCCACCCGGGGGUGUUCCCCAAGAAGCAGCACGCCAGCAAGCUGGGAGGCUACUUCACGGCCGUCUACGCCGACGAGCACGAGAAGCCGGUGCUGAUGGAAGAGGAAGACCGAGGCAGCUUCGAGAAAGCCGAGGUGGAGGGAAGCGAAGCGCAGGAGAUGGAGUGGCUCCCGUUCCGCUGCAUCAAGUGCUUCAAGCUGUCCUUCAGCACGGCGGAGCUGCUGUGCAUGCAUUACACUGACCACCACAGCCGGGACCUGAAGAGGGACUUCGUCAUUCUGGCCAGCGGCCCCCGCUUGCAGAACCCCGCCUACCAGUGCAAGCACUGUGAUAGCAAACUGCAAAGCACAGCGGAGCUGACCUCACACUUGAACAUUCACAAUGAGGAAUUCCAGAAGCGUGCCAAACGUCAGGAGAGGAGGAAACAGCUUUUGAGCAAGCAGAAAUAUGCAGAUGGUGCUUUUGCAGAUUUCAAACAAGAGAGGCCUUUUGGUCACUUAGAAGAGGUGCCAAAGAUCAAGGAGAGGAAGGUGGUGGGCUACAAGUGUAAAUUCUGUGUGGAAGUGCACCCGACGCUCCGAGCCAUCUGCAAUCACCUCCGAAAGCACGUCCAGUACGGCAGCGUCCCCGCCGUGUCCGCCGCCGUGAAGCAGGAGGCCGAAGACCCUUCCCAUUUGUUCCUGGAUGGACUGGAAGCAGCCAAAGAUGCCAGUGGCACCCUAGUGGACCGGGUGGAUGGUGAACACUGCUUGCUUGAUGGAAUGUUGGAGGAUGAAACCCGGCCGGGGGGAUACCAUUGUAGUCAAUGUGACAGAGUCCUGAUGUCCAUGCAGGGGCUGCGUUCUCAUGAGAGGAGCCAUCUGGCCCUGGCCAUGUUUACCCGCGAGGACAAGUACAGCUGCCAGUAUUGCUCCUUUGUUUCUGCUUUCAGGCACAACUUGGAUCGCCAUAUGCAAACCCACCACGGACACCAUAAACCAUUCCGGUGCAAACUCUGCUCCUUCAAGUCCUCCUAUAACAGCCGGCUGAAAACACAUAUACUCAAGGCUCAUGCUGGUGAGCAUGCCUACAAGUGUUCCUGCUGCUCCUUUUCCACCAUGACAAUCAGCCAGCUGAAGGAGCACUCCCUCAAGGUCCACGGAAAAGCCCUGACCCUCCCCAGGCCACGGAUCGUCAGUCUGCUCUCCUCACACGCUCACCACUCCUCCCAGAAAGCUACCCCAGCCGAAGAAGUGGAAGACUCUAAUGGGCGGGGUACUUGGCUGAAGAGCUGCUGCCAAGGACCGUUUGGAGGAAGAAUCUCACAGCUGAAACUGGAACGAAAUGACUCCUCCUACUCAGAACCUCCAGAUGUGCAGCAGCAGUUGAACCACUAUCAGUCGGCUGCCCUGGCGAGGAACAACAGCCGCGUCAGCCCCGUGCCCCUUUCUGGGGCCGCCGGGGGUGCCGAGCAGAAAACCGAGGCUGUUCUCCACUGCGAAUUCUGUGAAUUCUCCUCUGGCUACAUCCAGAGCAUCAGGCGCCAUUACAGGGACAAGCAUGGUGGGAAGAAGCUCUUCAAGUGCAAAGACUGCUCCUUUUACACAGGCUUUAAAUCUGCUUUUACUAUGCACGUGGAAGCUGGGCAUUCGGCGGUUCCCGAGGAGGGCCCCAAAGAUCUUCGCUGUCCUCUCUGCCUCUAUCACACCAAAUACAAACGCAACAUGAUCGACCACAUCGUGCUGCACCGAGAAGAGCGAGUCGUCCCCAUCGAGGUGUGCCGUUCCAAGCUGUCGAAAUACUUGCAGGGAGUGGUUUUCCGCUGUGAUAAGUGUACCUUCACCUGCUCCAGCGACGAGAGCCUCCAGCAACACAUAGAAAAGCACAAUGAACUGAAACCUUACAAAUGCCAGCUCUGCUACUACGAGACCAAGCACACGGAAGAACUGGACAGCCACCUUCGGGACGAGCAUAAGGUGAGCCGUAAUUUUGAGCUGGUUGGACGGGUUAACUUGGAUCAGCUGGAACAGAUGAAGGAAAAGAUGGAGAGCUCCAGCAGUGAGGACGAGGACAAGGAAGAGGAAAUGAGCAGCAAGGCUGCUGACAGAGAUCUGAUGAGAUUUUCCGACCGUGGGGCUGCUAUUAACACCGAGAAGCGUUUUCCGUGUGAAUUUUGUGGACGGGCGUUUUCACAGGGCUCUGAGUGGGAAAGGCACGUGCUGAGACACGGCAUGGCGUUGAAUGACACCAAGCCGGUGAGCAGAGAAGAAAUCCACCUGAAAGAGAGUGUGGAGGACAGUAUUAAGAUGCCCUCUAUAGAGGAAAAGGAAGAUGACGAGGCAAUCGGGAUAGACUUUUCCCUAAAGAAUGAAACAGUAGCCAUCUGUGUAGUAGCUGCUGACAAAUCUCUCCUGGAGAAUGCAGAGGCCAAAAAUGAAUAAGCGUUUGGUGGAAUUCUUAAUCAAACCGUACUUGAACCGUGAUGAGAAAGUGGGAGGGCCAGCUUGGGCUGAGAAGGGGGGGGACGGAAAAGAAGACAGAACAAAGCUGCUUUUUAGGACUGAACAAUCUAUUUUCAAAGCACUGGUACCUGUGUGAGUGAGUAUGUAAAUUAAAGUUAUUUAAAUGGUUGGAAUAUGUGGCUCCUUUUCCAUCACUACACCUUUUCUUCUGGAUCUUCAUCCUGGAAGUGUCAUUUGUUGUGGAAUACGGAAGCACCUCCCGUGCGCACGGUGUGCUCUGUGGCGGUCUUGGACAGGAUGUGGAAACAAGCUCCAUGACAGUAGAAGACUUCUCUUAGGGGAACAACUUUCUGACGCACAUCUUUUGGUGCGUUUUUCUAGUUUUAAUACCUUAAGCUUUUUCAAGACCUAACUGCAGCCGCUUUGGGAAAAAAAACAAACAAACAAACAAAAAAAAAACACACAAAAAAACACAGAAAACAAAAAAAAACUGCUUUGCAUAAAACAGUCACCUGUUUCCUAGUACCUCAAACUUAACCAAGGGAAUUCUCUGCAUUUGUCAGUACUACCUGUCGUCGUCGUGGUUAAAUGUAGAGAGAACUGCUGGGCAAGACGGUGAAUGGAGAAAAAAAAAGAGAGUUUUAAAGAAAGGAACACAAAUUGUGCUUAAAAUCCCCACGUGGGUUUUAUUUCUUAAAAUACUGUGAUUUUUUUAAUUAUUUUAGUAAAAAACAAAACAAAAAAAAGAAACAGACUUUAAUUAUUAGAUAACUGUUUGUGAAUUGUCAUCCUUUAUUCCAGGUAAGCUGUUUAUUAGUGUUCAACUAUAAUUUAGAAUUUGGUAGAUUCAUGUGAGCUAAUUUUAUGGUGACUGUGGAGUUUUGUUUGCCAUAUGUUUAUUUUCUAUCAAUUUGAGUGUUACAAACACAGCACAAUUCAGUUUUCACAUAAAUUGUUUUUUGUGUGCGUGUUGUUCUUGUUUUAAUUUGGGGGCAAGGGAGAUUUAGGGGUUUUUUGUGAAUAGGAAUGUUUUUAUUUUAAACAUGGAAAUAACAAAGAAGUUAACUUUUUUUUUCUUAAUUUAACUAAAGAACCAAACUUUUCGGCACAGCUAUGCAGCUUGUGGGCCAGACGAGGAAGUCCUCUUCACCCUUUUGUUGCUCGUCAAAUUAACACAUUAUCCGUCUCACACAAAUAAUUUCUGUUCGGAUGGGCUGGCUUCUGUGUGUGAUUUUAAAAUCUGUGUUCUGUUUUUGUUUGCAUUGUGUUUGGGGGAGGGUUUUUCACUUAUUUUGCAGGACAAGGGGAUGUGUUAGAAUCCCACCCUGUUGGUGAGAGUGGACAAGAAAUACUUAUAUCCUACAAGGAGCCUGGAGAACUACUUUUUUUUUUUUUUUUUCCUUAAUCUAGCUGCCAGCUGCUCUGUUUCCCCAUAUUAGCUUUUUCAGGAGGGAGCAGCUUAGACUAAAUCUAAGUCUACAUUUAUAAUAUGUUCUGAUUGUGAACAAAGGGUUUCAUUCCAAAAAGUAGAAAAGAACUUUCCUUGAAGCUUAGGUUAUAGAAGUUUCUGUGUGUGUGUGUGUGUGUGUGUGUGUGUGUGUGCUUGGAUGCAUGUGUGCUCAUGUGCGUGUGUGUGAGUCCUUUGAUUUUCAUGUUUUGUUUUUGUUUUUUGUUUGUUUGUUUUUUUUUUUUUACUUGGAAGGGUUGUGGGAGGGGGAGGGAAGUAAGGGACAGGGAAUUGCUGAGAUGACAGUGUCCCACACAGCUUCAAAUAAAAUCCAUGGAAAGAUAUUGCAUUUGUGGAAUAAGUCCUUACUUGAAAAGCAUGUUCUUCUUUUAUUUUCUUGCUGUUAAGAAAUUUUGUUUGUAGGGGUUUGUUUUAAUUUAAAUUUUUUUUUUUUUUAGGGAUGGGGGCCAUCAUGUGGAAACCAGAAAAUGGGGAAAGUGUGAUCUAAACAAAGAUAACAUUUUGUGUCCAUAUUUGUUUUUAAUUGGCCUCAUUUCAGAUGUAUUAAACAGUUCCAUACCUGGAUUGGGUGUUUGUAAUGGUUACCAAAAAAAAAAAAAACAAAACAAAACAAAACAAAAACAAAAAACAAAAAAAAACAAAAAAAAAAGAAAAAAGAAAGAAAGAAAAAAGGAAAAAAAGAAAAUAAUUGUGACAUGCUUUUAUCACUACUUUAUUUUUCAAAUAACAUGUAAAUAUUGUAAUCCAUUGGAUUUUGUUUUGCUAACCUGUUAAUAAAAAUAUGGGACCAUUAUCCUUUUAACAGGGCUAGAAUGUCAUUUUUUUCUGUUUUCAAACAUAUACCUGAUAUUUUGUGGCCGCACAUUUUGGAUGCAUUAUUAUAAUUCUGUUGACUGUAAUGACAUAGAAUUUACAACAUUUUUUUUGUUUAAUUUAUACAGAGGACAUUUUUUUUCAGAGCUUGAGAGAAGAAAAUAAAUAGCAAAAUGAGAACCUAUUGACUCCAAUAAUCAGUGUUUCCCGAUACUUGAUAGGAGAGAGGGAGAUUCUGAGUUCUUGAAGCCAAGGGUUUUAAAAAACAACAAAAACACACCAGUAGGUUAUUCAAGUUGUUUGCAACAUACAUUUUUGUAAUGAAAUGUGAGAAAUUAAUAAAGAAUUUUUUUCACAUG